GAGAUUUGCUUUUAGGUGUUGUUCCAAUACUUAGAUGCUAAAAAAAUGGUGCAAACAGCAUUCGUUGACAUCUUGAGGUAAUGUUAAUUGAAUUCACAAAGCUUAGAUGUGAUAGUUUGAGAUGCUAUUGACAAUGAUUACUGUGAGAUUCUUUGUAACUUGUCUAUUGUGAAAGGAGGCUUCAAAACAUGUUAUCACAUGGUAUAUAUGCAGCUUGUAUUUGUAAUGUUGAUUGAAAUUUGAGUGAGAUAAUACCUUUUUGAUAUUGAAUGGAUUUUCUUACUUCACUGAUUCUCUUGCUAGGAUGCUUCUGAUGCACAAUGGAGGAACUUUCGGGGGAACUUACCAAUUCUUACAUUGGUUUUCGUAGUAUUUACUGUAGUAGCUACUGUAUUUAGAUCAUAUGGUCUAAAAGCAAAGGGGAUGUCCAUUAUCUGGCUUUUCAUUUCAAUGGCUUACUUAUCAUAUCUCCAUGGUGCCUGCAUCGUGUAUGUCUUGUUGAUUGCUUCAACCAAUUAUUUUAUAGUAAAGAUAUGCGGAAGGACAAAAUAUGCUUUUGUGUUGUGGAUAUAUAAUCUCUCCUUUCUUGUAUGUAACCGAGUGUAUGAGGGAUAUCCAUUCUCCACUUUUGGGCAACGUUGGGCUUACUUGGACAAUUACCGAGGAACUGUAAGGUGGCAUAUCUGCUUUAAUUUUGUGGUCCUGCGAAUGCUUAGUUUUGGAUAUGACUACCACUGGGCAGAAAAAAGCAAGCACUUUGACGAAGAGAAGCACCUCCAGCGAUGUGAAAAUUGUUCCUCAGGAAGAACAUGCUAUCUGCUUUUACAGGAGAGAACCUUGCAGGAUGACAAGUUCUCUAUUACUACCUACUUGUGUUAUUUGUUUUAUGCUCCCCUCUACAUCGCUGGUCCUAUCAUUAGUUUCAAUGCAUUUGCUUCCCAGUUGGACGCUCCCCGGAAGACUUAUCUACCACAUGAUGUAAUUUAUUAUGGAUUUCGUUGGGCAUUCAGCUUGUUUCUUAUGGAACUAAUGACACAUUUCUUUUACUUCAAUGCCUUUGCAGUUAGUGGCAUGUGGAAAUAUUUAUCUCCAAUGGAUGUCUUCAUCAUCGGGUACGGAGUAUUAAAUUUCAUGUGGCUCAAGUUUUUCCUGAUCUGGCGUUUUUUUCGACUCUGGUCACUGGUAAAUGGUAUCGAGCCACCUGAGAAUAUGCCAAGGUGUAUCAAUAAUUGCUACAAUCUAGAAACAUUUUGGAAAAACUGGCAUGCUUCCUUCAACAAAUGGCUCGUCAGAUACGUGUAUAUUCCUCUUGGGGGUUCUGGUAGAAAGUUGCUAAAUGUAUGGGUGAUCUUCACAUUUGUUGCUAUCUGGCAUGAUCUGGAGUGGAAGCUUCUUUCAUGGGCUUGGCUGACAUGCUUAUUCUUCAUACCUGAAAUGGUUGUAAAAUCAACAGCAAAUGCUUUCAAGGUGGAAAGUGCUGUUGGCAAGCUCUUAUACUACGAACUCAAUGCUGUUGCUGGUGCUGUCACCAUCACUUGUCUUAUGGUGGCCAAUCUUGUUGGUUUUGUGAUAGGACCAUCAGGGAUCAACUGGUUAACAUCUGUCUUCCUUAAAAGAGAAGGGCUACCGGUUUUACUUGGCAUGUUUGUGACAUUUUAUGUUGGGACUAAGCUCAUGUUACACAUCUCUGAUUCCAAGAAAAGGAGACUGCAAAAGUAGAUUAUGGAAUAGAGUACACUAACUGCAUACUGCAGACGCAGUUUCUCCUGGGUGUGCUUAACAAACUCUUACAACUGCCCGUAGAUAUCGCCUCUACAAGACCUCACAUUGCUUGAACUCUUCGCUUAAGACUUGAACCACGAAAAUAACAAGUUCUUAGCAAACUGAAACUCUCAAUGAGAAGAAGUGAUCUUCUAAGUCUCUCUCUUUAUAAACUGAACUCUCUUUU